GGGCGGGCCCGCUGGCUCCUCGCGCCUCUCUGGAAGACCAGCUUCCCCGGCCUUGGCGGGACCCGGGGCGCUCCACCACCGCUGCUUUCCCGCGGCUGCAGGAGCCCCAGUGGCCGCCCUUGGCCGGACGCUGGGGUGGCGCUGCAGCCUGACAUCCCUGCUGCCGGGGCGUUACAGCGGCGUUACCGCGGGAGGCGACGGGAGCGAGCUGGCGGGAGAGUUUCAUACACCUGAAAGAAGAGAAUGUCAAGACGCAGUAGCCGUUUACAAGCUAAGCAGCAUGCUCAGCCCAGCCAGCCAGACUCCCCCCAGGACGCCCAGAUAAUCCAGGCCAAGAAGAGAAAAACAGCACAGGAUGUCAAAAAAAGAAAAGAAAAAGUCACCAGGAAACAUCAAUAUGAGAUAAGGAACUGUUGGCCACCUGUAUUAUCUGGGGGAGUCAGUCCUUGCAUUCUCAUUGAAACACCCCACAAAGACAUAGGAACAAGUGACUUCUCUAGAUUUACAAACUACAGAUUUAAAAAUCUUUUUAUUAAUCCUUCACCUUUGCCAGAUUUAAGCUGGGGAUGUUCCAAAGAGGUUUGGCUAAACAUGUUAAAAAAGGAAAGCACAUAUAUUCAUGACAAGAAUUUCGAAGUUCUGCAUUGUGACCUAGAACCACAGAUGAGGUCGAUACUUCUAGACUGGCUUUUAGAGGUAUGUGAAGUAUACACACUUCAUAGGGAAACAUUUUAUCUUGCACAAGACUUUUUUGAUAGAUUUAUGUUGACACAAAGAGAUAUAAAUAAAAACAUGCUUCAACUUAUUGGAAUUACCUCAUUAUUCAUUGCUUCCAAACUUGAGGAAAUCUAUGCUCCCAAACUCCAAGAGUUUGCUUAUGUCACUGAUGGUGCUUGCAGUGAGGAGGAUAUUGUAAGGAUGGAGCUCAUUAUAUUGAAGGCUUUAAAGUGGGAACUUUGUCCUGUCACAGUCAUCUCCUGGUUACAUCUCUUUCUUCAAGUUGAUGCUCUUAAGGAUGCUCCUAAAGUUCUUCUACCUCAGUAUUCUCAGGAAAGCUUCAUCCACAUAGCCCAGCUUUUGGAUCUGUGUAUUCUGGCCAUUGACUCAUUAGAGUUUCAGUACAGAAUACUGGCUGCUGCUGCCCUGUGCCAUUUUACCUCCAUUGAAGUGGUUAAAAAAGCCUCAGGUUUGGAAUGGGACAACAUCUCAGAAUGUGUAGAUUGGAUGGUGCCUUUUGUCAGGGUAGUAAAAAGUGCUAGUCCAGUGAAGCUGAAGACUUUUAAGAAGAUACCUGUGGAAGACAGACAUAAUAUCCAGACGCAUACAAAUUAUUUGGCCAUGCUGGAUGAAGUCAGUUAUGUAAACAGCUUCAGAAAAGGGGGACAGCUGUCACCAGUUUGCAAUGGAGGCAUUAUGACACCACCAAAGAGCACAGAAAAACCACCAGGAAAACACUAAAGAUGUCAGCUAAGCAAAUAAGUUGGAAGUGAGCAAUAUUAGCUUGAAUGUACUAAAGUUUUACAAGAAAACAGCUUUGAUUACCAUUGCCAAUUCAGACAUUACACUGCCAUUCUUUUUUAGAAAAACACUUAAAAUUGGCACUAAAUAUACUUCCUAUAUUAGCUGUGAAAGAAACAGCAGGACAUGUUUACAAAGAUGACUUCAUUUCCAGGGUUACUGGACAGAAGCCAACCAUGAUUUAUGCCAUGGAAACUUUUUUUAAUGCAGUGUUGUUGUGUCGUGAUAAACUAGGAAUUUUAUCAUUGGUGUUUCGGACUAGGUAAGUGCUACCUUAAAGGGUACAUUCAGUGAUACAGUACUUUGAAUCUAGCUUUUAGAUUCUUAAAAUUCCUAUACUCUAGCGCAAUUUGGUUUUUGAAAAUAAAAUUUAAAUUUGUUUAUAAAGAUUUAGUUUUGUAAUAAGGUGACUAAUUUAUCUAAAGCUGUCGUAGGAAGCUAUUAUAAAACUUGAAUUUUUACAAAUGGUGAAAUUAAAUUUGUUUUUAAUCAGUAAGGUGUCAAUAACAUGAUGUUUAAAUUGCUCUGAACAGUGGGAGUACCAAAGAAAUUAUAACAAGAUGGAUGUUGUGGCUCCUACUUGGGGCUUUGACAUAGGUUGCUUUAUAGUAACUUUUUUGUAUAUCACAAUUUGGGUGAAAAACUUAAGUACCUUUUCAAACUAUUUAUAUGAGACAGUCACUUUAUUACUCUUAGGAUAUCCCUAUGGAUUUUUUUAUUUAGCAUGACUAAGGCUUUAUUUAUGUUUCCAAAAUAUUAAAAGUCCAUUUUCAAUUCCUACAUUAUGAGGACAGUGUCAAAAUUUUAAGUUUUAACAUCUGACCUGAAUUUCUAUUUUCUUACAGCCGAAAAAUAUUAAAUGUAUCUAGAAAUCUAUUUAUUAAAAAAAUGACUUGACAGGGCCGGGGAUUUAGCUCAGUGGUUCCGGCAUCUGCCUUGCAAGCACAAGGUCCAGAGUUCGAUCCCCGGUACCCCCCCCCCAAAAAAAAUAAUAAUAACUUGACAUAGAACUUGCUGUAUAUAUGCUAGCUACUUCUACAUAAAUAUUUUAAAUCAGCCUUUUUUAGAGAUAAAUUCAGUCUUGAAAAGUAGAUUUAAUUAGAAAGUUAUACCAGACUGCUAGUUUUACCAGACAUGUGAAUUUCU